AUGGGCGACAAGAGGCUCUACCCCGACCUACCAUGUGCGGCGGCAGAGCAGACGGACUGGUCUCUGAGCAAGGGGGCCGAGCCGAAGGAUCCUCGCAUGACCAGCUGGCCAUGCCAAGGGACCCAUACCGUGUCGAGCUACACCAGCAACCGCUUCGGAGUGUGGCUGACGUGCGAGAGGUGCGCUUUCAGGCUGGACCACGCUCCGAAGAUGGGGUGCAGCGGCAAGUACCGCAAGGAGCCGAAGGCGGCCCUGGUGGCGGCGGCUCUUCGCCGGCUCCAAGAAUCGGGGGACACUCCGACGGCCGCGAGGGUCGAGGCGCACAUGGAGGCCAUCGAGGCGGAGCGCGCCAUCGAGACAGGGCACUACAUCAAGAGCGACCCGGACAAGGAGGGCUACUGGACAGCCCGCAAGACCAAGACCGAGGGCGUCAAGGUCGAGAUCAAGACCGAUCCAGGGGGGCCAUCGGCGGCAGCCAGACCGUCGACCGGAGUGCCGACCGCGGCGCGCACCGUGCGCGCGGUCGGAGCGGACCUAAGUUCUGCGGCAUCGGAUUCAACAGCUCGCAGCAGCACGUGGGAUGUGGUCUCGAGUGCCGCGGCGGACCUGGGCGAGACGCCCACGUUCACGACCAAGCAGAGGGACCUCCUCAUCGAGUGGGCAGUCUUGGCCCGGGGAGUCAUGCGCCUGAAGGUGAAGCCAGAGGUGAAGCAGGAGGCCUACGUGGCGAUGCCGGUGCCGGGGGACAUGGGGGAUGUCCUCAUGAAGUUCGGCAAUGCGAGUGGACUUCGCCGAAGUCGCGUGUUCUCCAGCUUCGAGGUUGACAGCCGGACUGAUGAGGGUUUCAACUGCCAGCGCAUCAACCUGGAGCAGGGCUACGACCUCCACAGUGGCUGGUCUACACCGGAGCUCAACCGGUUCAGGCGCGAGGCGGAAAAUAUCAUCGGACGACCUCUCCGCAUGGUCAGGGUCGACGCGUGCCAGGUCGGCAUGCGCGACGAGCAUGGCGCGCUCAGGAGCAAGUCUCGGGGCAUCCUCACCAGUGACGAGAAUUUUACGCAGUGGAUGGCACUACACUGUGCGAAAGACCAUCCUCGCAGCCCGCUCGAGGGGCACGACGCCGUGGCGGCGUCGGCCUACUAUCCGGAUCCGAUGAUUCGGAGAUUGGUCAAGGGUUUCGCCAAGGACCUGCGCGGUCAGGACUUCGAGGAGGACUUCUGGGCGAUGAGCGCGCUGCAGGACUGCGAGGAGCAGUUGUACGGCAUCGAGUCGGGCAUAGACAAGCACUUCAAGAAGAUGCCAGAGGACAACGUCACGCUCGACAAGGUCAAGUCCUGGUUGGUGGACCUCCACAUUCUUGGUGGACAUAUGUCCAAGACCAACAUGAAGGCGAUGCUCCAGAGACGCGGGUGCCAAACGUGGCAGCAGGCGCUCGUGGACGAGCUGAUCUGCGAUGCUUGCACCGAUACCCAGGACACGCAGCACCAGGCUGUGGUGUCACCCUCUUUGCCACCAAAGUUGUGGCAGGCGGUGAAGCUGGACUGCUUCGAGCUGGAGGUGCACCACAGGAAGCCGUUCGCGGUGCUCUACAUGGGCGCGGCCUGCAAGUUGGCAGUUCGCAGCGUCUUCAAGGAGGUGGAUACCAAGGGCAAGAAGGCGUACUUCGAGCCGUCUGGCGCCCAGGUGUUGUCGGCGUUCCUGGAGGAUUGGUGGCAGCACAAGCCGCGGUGCCAGUUCCUGAUCUUGGACCCGGGCGGCGGCUUCGUGAGCAACCAGUUGCGCGAGUGGUGUGGCAAGAACGCCGCGGGCAUCAUCCAGAGCCCGGGCGAGUUCCAUGGUCUGACGGCCGACAUGGAGAUUCUUAUCAGGCAGAUCAAGAAGACCGCUCGACGCAUCUCCUUGGACGAGCCGACGCUAUCGUUGGCCGACUGUGCGUCGCUGGCCUGCGCCGCUCACAACAACCAGCACAAGGCGUCGGGCUACACGCCAGUCCAAUGGGCGCACGGUACCAACCACCAGGGCCACCAGUUCGCGGAGGAGGCUGGUCGCCUGGAUGGAGACGGCUUGGCACACACCGAACUUCAUCGUCUUUUGGCAGAGCGGGUCUACCUGGAGGAGCAGGCUCGUUCAGUGGCGACUCGGCUUCGGCACUCCAUGAGGCAGAAGCUUCUCUCGAUCAAGAUCGGCGACUGGAUCAUAGCUUUGGCCAUCGAGCCGAAGGUCAACCUCCAGCGCGAACGUGCCGACGAGUCCGCUUCGAUCGAGGACGAGAUUUCGGUGGCGUGGAUCGUGCAUGGCACGAGGCUUAUUCGGUGUCAUCCGACACAGCUGAGGUCGAGCAGUCAGCGCGAGGUGGUCGUGGCAUCGCUCAAGGGUAACAUCGACAGGGACUCGCCGACCAACGCCUCCAAUGCAUUUCAAGGUGCUGGGCGCGGCGAGUUUACCGAUUUGGCAGGCGACCUACCUUCGGAGCGCGAGAUUGCCGAGAGCCUUGCAAUCGGCGUGAAUUUCGUGCUGGUGCUCAGGCUGGAGACGACGGUGCAAACCUUCAUCCAGUUCCUCAAGAUGUUCCUCCAAUUUUGUCUCGAGUACCAGUUCCAGAGGAUGAUGAUGAACCAGGCCGAGAUCUUCACCAAAGGGACCAAGUCACGGGUGAUCAGGACUGGAAGCCGAUCAGGCGGGCCCGGUCGAGGUACAAGGCAUCUCCCUACGACGCGCUUUAUGGGCCAGAAGCGACGUCGGCGGCGCCAGCCAGAGGAAAUCACCCGCGGCCUUGCAGGUGCUCUGAUUGGCGAUGAAGCCGCGGUAGUUCUCCGAGAGGGUAGCCCGGCAGAGCCUCUUGGGGUGGGACCCGACUCUGCGGACGGGCCGGUCGCAAAGGGUUUCGCGGGAAACCAAGAUCCUGCCGGGGGGGGCCCCACUGGCGAAGCAGACGAACGCGACAAAGAGGAGCCAGAGGCCAAGCGCAUCAAGCUCGGAGAAAUGGAUCUCAUGACGCGCGACUUCGAGGACGAGGUCAAGUACCUGGAGGCCUGGGACAGCUUCAACAACCAGUCCGUGGCCUACCUGGAGGACACGACCAUCGAGCGCGAAGUGAUCGAGGUCGCGACCGAUUUCGCUCACAUUGGAGCCUUUCUUCAAGACUCUACGGUCUGGCUCUCCAAGAGGCUUGGCGACGGCAAGGCGACAGAGGUCACCUACUCCAAGCUGGCGCCAGGGCAGCAGCGCGAGUUCGACAAGGCAAUGUGCAAGGAGAUCAGCCAGGUCAUCGCGACCAAGGUCUUGAAGCGGAUCGCUCAGGAGGAGCUCACCGAGAUCGACGAGUCGCGGUUGCUCAAGACGCGCCGGGCCCUCACCUACAAGUACCAGGAGGGUGGCGCACGCAAGCCGAAGGCUCGGCCAGUCAUUCUGGGCCACCAGCACCCGAGUCUGACGGAGCUCUCUACGGCGGCGCCUACGCUGGGGAAGCUGGCUCGCAACAUGCUGUUCCAGGUGUGCGCGCAGCGCAAGUUCAAGCUCAAGUUCGGCGACGUCAGCUCAGCUUUCCUCCAGACCGACGCGAGCGAGGAGUUCGAGAGUCUGAGCGUGAAGGUUCCUACGGAAGUGGCUCAUGCUUUUCCUGAUGAGCUGGGGCGUCCUUCGCAGAUCUUGAGGAUGGUCAAAUCUUUCUAUGGAUUGACGACAGCUCCGAGAGCAUGGCGAAUUGACAUAUCACGCAAACUUCGUGACCGAGGUUGGCGUCAACUACGCGCCGACCAGUGCGCGUGGAUCUUGCUGGGUUCCAACAACCAGCUGAAGGGCAUCAUCGGCGUCCACGUGGAUGACUUCAUCAUCGGCGGCGACGAGACGUCGAAGCUGCACAGGGACGCGGAGAAGGCCAUCCUGGACCUCUACAGAUGGGGCGCGUGGACUUCCGGCCAGGCCGAGUUCAGUGGGCCACGCGCUCGCCAGUUCAAUAAUUUCUCGAUCACGCUGGACCUCUACGACUACACGAACAAGUUCAUCACGGAGGCCGAGAUCGACGCCGACCGCAAGAAGCAGGCUCAUCUACCACUCGAGCCGAAAGAGAUCUCACUGCUUCGUGGAGUACUGGGCACGGCCAGUUGGAGGGCACAGCAAGUGCCCCCACAGUAUGCGGUGGACGCUGGGCUUGCCUUGUCUCAAGUCAACAACGCCAAGAUCCGCGACUUGGUGAAUGCCAACAAGCUUGUCAAGGACAUGCGUAAAUCGGCGUCGCAGGUGAUCAAGUUCCACCGGUUCGAGAACUACGAUUGGCACAAGUUGUGGAUGGUGCAGUGGGCGGACGCUAGCGACAAGCUCAGGCCCGACGGCAGCAAGACGGGCGGGCUGGUGACAGGCCUCUCGACUCCGGAUUUCGCGAAUGGCAGCAUGGCAAACGUUUCGAUACUUGGAUGGAGAUCCUUCAAGCUACCUCGCAAGACUUCGGGCUGCAACAACAACGAGACGCAGUCGACAGCGCUCGGCGACGAGAUGUUGUGGUUAUCUCGACUGAUGUGGGCAGAAUUUCAUGAAGUCGAACCGACCCGUUGGAAGUUGGACGACACUGUCAAGACCGUGCCAGGCAUGCCCAUCACAGAUUCGCGCGGCCUCUACGACGCGAUCUUGAAGUCGGAGUCUCCCCAGUUGGGCAUGCGCAGCUUCAGAUCAGGCGAGGAGGCCAGAGGCAUCAAGGAGCAGAUCUUGCGCACGGACGUGUCUUUCAGAUGGGUGAACGGUUUGGCCAUGCUGGCAGAUAGCUUGACGAAGCCGGGAUAUCCGGCUCGACAUGUGAUGGAGGAGUUUUUGGCCACGCAGCGCUGGAAGUGUACGUUUGACGAGAUGUUCCAGAGCGGACGUCGGAGGCAGCGCGACGGCAAGGGCGCUUUCGCAGACGCGCCCGAGGAGGCCGACAGUGGCUGCAUGGAAAGCUUGUUGGAUCCUUUGGAGUCGUUGUGCGACGAUUCCUUUCUUUCUGAUUCGACUCGAAGCCCAAUGCGGUCUCGGUGCAUGUAG